UACUGGUGAAAACCGUUCAUGUGUGAGGAAUGUGGUUACAGAGCGACCGACAGGUCCCACCUUUCUCGGCACAUCAGAAAGCAUACAGGAGAAAAACCCUACAAAUGUGACCAGUGCGACUAUUCUGCAGCACACAAACCUGCUUUGGACCACCAUCUAAGAACGCACACCGGUGAGAAGCCCUACAUAUGUGAAGAAUGCGGACACAGAACGACUACAAAGCCCGGACUAUUGAGGCAUAUAAGAACACAUACAGGGGAAAAACCUUACGGUUGUGACCUUUGCGACUAUUCUGCUGCGGAUAAAGGUAAUUUAGAACGGCACAUCAUGGUUAAGCACACGGGUGAGAAACCGUACAUGUGUGGGGAGUGCGGAUACAGGACGGCUGAUAGCUCCCAUUUUUACAAACAUAUUAAAAAACAUUCUGGUGAGAAGCCAUCCCCGCGUAAGAAACCACAUAAGUGUGAUGAGUGCGACUAUUCAGCAUCACAGAAAUGCCGGUUGGACCAACACAUCAUAAGUAAACACUCCGGGGAGAAACCCUACAGGUUUGACAAGUGCGACUUCAGAACGGCCUCCAAGUCCCAUCUAUCCCUACAUAUAAAAAAACAUUCUGCCUAGAAAAACCCUCAUAGAUGUAAGUUACUAGCAAGGGACACACCGCAAGCUGGUGGAAAAUACAGUAUGGAUGUGAUGAUUUCGAUCAAGCAGAAUUAUUUUGACUCUUGAGUCUUGGAAACCAACUGUUGGACAGGUGAAUGUUAAUGCCCAACGUCCUUUCACUUCUUGUAUCUUCGCCAUAUCGUUGAGAAUACCUCGAUCUAGCAAUAAGACGACAACACGGACAAGUCCCAUUGAACACACCUUGUUACUAUUAUUUUUAACUUGUACUGAGAGACGCACAUGUACUGGAAUGGAUAUUUCAGACUGCAUCCACAGUUGGCCAGCCUUUGUUUUAGCCUUAAAGAUAAUGUUUUGAAUAAGUAACGUUUAGCUCUCCUCAAACACGGGAACUCCAUUACCGCUGCAGUAUUCUCUAAUCAAGAUACAAACCGAAUGGUCUUGAUUAUUCAUUUACUCUGUUAGUUGUAAAUAAAGGCUAACCCUUGAUAAUA